AUGUCCCUCUCAGCAGACAAACCUAAUAAACCAGCGGUUUCGUCAAAUUGGGAAGCGCUGAAGAAGUCCAUUGGAGCAAAUAACGGGCCUAGAGGAAUAAAGCGGAAAAGGGGAGGGUUUCAUGAGCGCACGUCAAAUACAAUACAGAAUGUGCCAAAUAAGACGGCUACAUCAGGCGAGAAUGAGGAGAUCGAAUCGUUCCCACGGGGCAACACAUACGCUGAGGUAGUGAGAUCUACAGCGAAGGCAUCUGCGCAUACCGUGACAGAACCUGUGACAAAGCGCCCCAAAACAGUCACCGAUGAGAUGCGUUCGCUCGUGCUGGGAACACUCUCCAAAUCCCAAGAAGCCGAACAAGGAAAAUACGUAGCUCUAGACUGCGAGAUGGUCGGCGUUGGACCGAACGGCAGCCAAUCCUCCCUCGCACGCGUCAGCGUCGUGAACUAUCACGGGGCGGUGUUGCUGGACAAGUUUGUGCGCCAGAUGGAGAGGGUGACAGAUUAUCGGACGCGAUGGAGCGGGAUCCGACCGAAAGACUUGCAGGGAGCGGAGGAGUUUAAGGUGGUCCAGGCUGAGGUGGCGAAGCUCAUGGACGACAGGAUCGUUGUGGGACAUGCGUUGUCGCACGAUAUGCAGGCUCUCCUACUCUCACAUCCCCAUCAUCAUACUCGUGACACACAGACAUAUGCGGAACUGCGCAAGCUUGCGAAGACGAAACAGCCGGCAUUGAGGAAGCUCAUACAGCUUGAGUUAGGACUGGAUAUUCAGGCGGGGGAACACGACUCGAUCACUGAUGCGCGUGCCUCGAUGGCACUCUUUCGACUACACAAGAAUGCCUGGGAUCGUACUCUUCCUGCAUCCCAUCACUUACUUGCAAAGGAUGGGAAAGGCAGGCCUGGCAAGGGCAAGACAGAAUCUGACAAUGUCGGCGGUCGAAAAGGAAUCAGUUCCGGGCUGAGUGUGGUCACGAGGGUCAAGGAGAAGAAUGGUGUGGUCAGUACUCGGAUGUCUGGGAAAGGAAGGAAACACGUGGAAGAGGAGGAUGGGGGAAGUGUACGGACUCGGACUGAAUCGGCUUGGUGGGAGACGCUAACGGAGGAUGGGAAGCAGCAUAAUAUGAAAGGGAGGAAGGCGUCGCUUCGGAUGAGGACUUAA